UCACUCUUUCUUCUUCAAGAGUCUGUCUCUCUGUGCAAGCUUCGUCACACGCAUAAACCCUAAAAAUCGAAAUCAAAGACCCAAUCUCUAUUUGUGAAACCAUGGAUCCAUUAUCAGUCCUGAAAGAAUUCACAAUCCGAGGAGACAUUGAUAAAAUCGAGAGAGUUGGAGCUAAUUACAGAUUCGGAUCGGAAUAUUCGUUUCCAUGCGCGACGGAGACUGCGUACCGAUCAAAAAGUGGAAGUCUCUACACACUAGAAGCAUUAGUACACUACGUGAAGAAUCAACAACUGAAACAUGGAGAGUAUAUGCAAUCAACAGUCAAAAACUCAGUCCCGGCGGUUACUUUACCAGAUCGGAAACCUCUCCUCGAUUACCUCACCGGAAGAGUCGCUUCUUCAGAUUCUAUUGAUUUCCUCUUGCUUCAACAGCAAAACGCACAGAGUCAGAAGCAGAACGAAGAGUAUCGACCAGAUCAAGACAAUUCAGCUUUUGUAUCGCGCGAAAACGCGAUUGCAGAUAUGGAGGUUGAAGAUUUCGGUAAAUCCGGUGAAGAUGUUGAUUACAUUAUGCUGAUUCGAUCCAACGAACGUCCAUUGAAGAGCCGUGACGCGAUUCUUCAGUGUAAGAAUCGAGAUUUCUAUAGUGUGCUGGUGAAUUCUACCAAGAGAGAAGAAGAGAGACAGAGGAUUGAGUCUCAUCAGAGGAAAGAUGGAUUAGUUGCUAAGAGUAGGUUAAUGGGAGCUGAAGAAAGAGGUAUUGUAGGGUUUAGUAGUGGUGGUGGUGAUGAUAAUGGUUAUGAUGCUAAUCCUAAAUCUAAGCUUCAUUUUAAAGCUGGGAAGAUUGGUGAAGGUGUGCCGAUUAUUCUUGUCCCGAGUGCGUUUCAGACUUUGAUUACUAUAUAUAACGUUAAAGAGUUUCUUGAAGAUGGUGUUUAUAUACCUAAUGAUGUUAAGGCUAAGGAGAUGAAGGGGUUGAAGCCUGAUUGUAUUACGGUUCAGAAGAAGUUUAGUAGAGAUAGGGAGAGAGUUGUGACUGCUUAUGAAGUUAGGGAUAAGCCUUCUGCUUUGAAGCCUGAUGAUUGGGAUCGUGUUGUUGCGGUUUUUGUAUUGGGGAAGGAUUGGCAGUUUAAAGAUUGGCCUUUUAAGGAUCAUGUUGAGAUAUUCAAUAAGAUUAUUGGAUUCUUCUUGCGGUUUGAAGAUGAUAGUAUCGAAUCAGCCAAGACGGUGAAGCAGUGGAAUGUAAAGAUCAUCUCGAUUAGCAAGAAUAAGCGGCAUCAAGACCGAGCUGCUGCAUUAGAAGUCUGGGAAAAACUCGAGGAGUUUGUGCGAUCUCGGUCGCAUUCUUAGUACCUAAAUUGUUGUAUCAUCUUUCAUCAUUUUUUCUUCUGUAACAUUAUAUAUAUAACAUAGUGACAACAAAGUUGUUGUGCAAUGUGGUGGUUUUCAAUUAAUGAUAAAUCGAAACUGUUCAUUAGCUUUGCUUCACGUCUCUUGGUCUUUUGGAAGGUGAAUUAAGAUCAAUAUAUUAUAUCUUAUUGCUAAGAUUUGCAUCAUCUCCAUUCGAUUACAAACAAUCAAUGCCUAUUCAACGCUUAGAGAAGGGCAGAGAGCCUGCAUUGCAUUCACAGGAUUUAGAGACUUGAUACUUUCUGGUUCUUAAAUGUGGCAAACGUUUGCAAAAACUGUGAAUGGGGGUAGUAUGCGAAGAACACAAGCCCUCAUGGUCAUCUUCUUCUCGUUUUCUUGUUGUUGUUACAGGUUGAAGUUCUUUAGAUGAUGUUUCAGGGAGACUAGCGG